AUGAUCAUCACAUUAAGUUUAUUAUUUGCUUAUUUCGUUUCAAGAAAUUCUCUUGAUUAUUGUGUCAAUCAUGAAAUUGAAAACAAUACUUGUUCUAAAUGUGUUGAUAAUUAUAUACUCGAUAAAGACGGAUAUUGUGACCAUAAAUUGGAUCUUCAUUAUAGUUUUGAUUCAACGAUAACUAACCCUAAAUGUGCAGAUGGUUAUAAAUUUAAUUUUGCGGAUAAUACAUGUAUUAUGGGUGUUGAAAUAUGUAGAAAAUUUUACAUUAAUAAUAAUAAUCCUGAUGCCUCUUCAUUUCAUUAUUAUUGUGACAGUUGUUACAACGAUUUUACUGUUAUGAAAAAGACUCAAAAAUGUUUCGACUGCUCAAGGGAAAAUAAAGGCUGUUUAGAGGCAGACGAAAAUUGUGCAAAAUGUUCAGAAUGUAAUGUUGGGUUUUAUCUUGAACAAGGAAAGUGUGUUCAAUUACCCAAUUGUGAAACAUAUUUUAAUUCCACUUCAUGUAAACACUGCAUUCAUGGAUAUUAUCCCGACAAUGGUACUUGUGUACGUGGAGGCAUGGACAAUUGUUUAAUUUAUAUAUCACAGAGUGAAUGUGAUACAUGUGGCACAGAAUAUUUAAGUUUGGAAGGAGAAUGCCAUCAUAUGCCAUAUUGUGAAUACUUAAAUGAUAAAAAAGAAGAAUGUGAAAAAUGCAAAGACGGUUAUGGCAAAUUAAUGACAGAUUGUGAGAAAUGUAUGGAAAACUGUGAAUUAUGUGGAUCAAAUCAGACAAUGUGUGAACAAUGUAAAAUUGGAUAUUGGUACAAUUCAGGAAAAUGCAGCAAAUGUAUUACAAAUUGUGAUAAAUGCAGCAAAGAUGAUACAUGUGACAAAUGUUCAAUGGGCUCAAGUUACAUGGAAGGAACAACAAAUAAAUGCGAUACUAACAGAGUUGAACAUUGUAUGAUCGGUAAACCAAAUGAUGUAAAUGUAUGCCAAGAAUGUGAAUCAAAUUAUUUCUUGAGUGUAGAUAAAAACAAAUGUAUUUCAUGCGAAAAGAAUUUGUGUUCAAAUUUGGAUUCAAGUGCAUGUAAAAUGUGUUCGAAUAACUGUGAAACUGUCGACUCAGAUGAAAGUAAAUGUGCUUCUAAGUCGGCCUGUAAAAGUACAAAUAAUGGAAAAUGUUUGGGUUGUAUUGAAGGAUUCUUCCUAACAGCAGAUUUUAGGUGUGAAGGAUGCUCAAAAGAAUGUGAAGGAAUGUGUUAUAAUAACGCAAGCAGUUGCAUUGUUGAAAAAGAAGAGGGAUGUGCAGAAGCUGAUGUUAAUCACGUGUGUAUUACAUGUAAAGUUGGUUAUGUGUUUGAUGAUAAAAAGUGUGUUGAUGCAUCUAAAGAUAGAGUUUGUCAAGUUUAUGAUUCGGAUAAAAAAUGCACUGUUUGUCAAGUCAGAGAUCCAAAUAACACAGACAAUGACAAAUUUGUUUAUCCCGUUUGGAACAACACUUGCGAAUUAGACAAGGAUGAUUCAAUUAAUUCCAACAAUGGCGAAUCAUUUAUUAUCGUAACAACUCUUUUGGCAUUAUACUUAUUAUUGUGA